UCAGAUUCUCACUCAUAAACGUAAUUUAUGAAUAGAAUAAUUUAUUAUUGUACUACUGUAAGAAAUGUGUUGGAGUUUUCUGGUUACUUAGCCAUUAUUAUUGAGGAAGUCCAAAAUUAAUGACUAUAGGAUGAUAUUUGUUUUAUGAAGAUCCUAUUGAUAAAUUAUUUAUCAUUUAUCACAGUUAUAAGUAGGGUAUCUAUCGCAUAUAACUGUAAAAUAGUAGAUGGAAUUUGUAACCUUAGAAACACACUAAAUAAUCUUAAAACAAAUGUAAAUAAAGGUUUAAUUCCAAGCAGGAAGUAUAAUUUGUCAUUUGUAGGAUUAAAUAACAACUUUAACAAGAAUGUAUUAUUAGAAAAAUAUAUAUGUAAUGGAUUGUUUUCUCUUGAACAGGCACAAGAAUCUACUCAGGUUGGUUCCACCAGUGAAGUACAGAAAGAAGAUUAUGAUAUAUUUCCGGACGUAGCUCCUAUUGAAAAUUUGGGUGAAACGUUGGUAUUUUCAGAUUUUUCUGACCUUUAUAAGGAUCUGACUGUUCCUAUUAAGACUGAUCAAUCUCCUGAUAAAACUGAGCCAAUUUCAGAAAGUUUUGAUAAGACCGUAGAAGAUGAGUUGGAUAGGCAAUUUUUACUUGGAGAAACUGUUUACUCUCUCUCGAAGAGACUUUUCGUAAAGAGACUCUUUAAAAAGCUGCCACAAAUUGUAGAUACUAAACCAUUUCUUGUGAGGUCAAAAGCGUAUGUAAAGGGCAAGGUAGGAUCUAAAUGUGACCUGAGUGUUUUCGAUUCCAACAAGGUAAAGACUGCUGAGAUUGAAGAAGAUCCAUUUAAAGAUGUUAAAAGUAUUCUACCGGGAGUUUUUACUGGCCUUCAUACAUUGAAACACACCAAGAAGAGAAUUAUUCGUGAACUUAAAGUAAAGCUUGAUUUAUAUGUUAAAGCAAUUACAUCUCCACUGAAAAACAUCACAAAUUUUUAUGGGCAAUUGUUGAAGUAUAUUCACCCGUUUCAAUACACCAUGUUGAAAACAUGCUUGUAUGAACUAUAUUCAACUGGGAAAUCCAAGAUACCUUUUGAUAAUCUUAUGGGUGAACUUGAACUGGCAAAAAAACAGAUAAUUUUCAGAGGCAAUGAUAUAAAUAAACAAAUUGGUAAAAUAAAGAGGAGUAGAGACGCGUUUAAUUUCGUAAAGGAAAAUGUACUUGAAUUGGAUUCACUGUAUUCAAGUUUCCAAAAUCUUUAUGACCACUAUAAACAAUAUUUUACUGUUUUAUCACGUUUACCAGUUUUAGAUAUUGAAAAACCUAUCAUUUCAAUCAUUGGACAUGUAAACGUUGGAAAAACAACUUUAUUCAACAAAUUAUCACAAGGCUUAAUAUUAAGUGAUUUAAAGGACCAUGUUGAGAUUAUUUCAGACUCUCUUGGAUUACGUUGGUCUAAUCUCAAAAAUAAUUUCAAAAAACUAAAUAAAGAGGGAAAGGUUGCCAACUAUAAAUUCACUACUAGAGGAAUAAAUUUAUCUAUUUUAACUUAUAAAGUAAAUAAUUUCAUAUUUGAAGGUCAGAUAAUAGAUACACCUGGAUUAUUGUGGCGACAAGGUCAUACGAAUUAUAAUUCUUACGAAAAAUUAACUUAUUCUGCUUUGAAGGAUUUACCUUCAGGAGUUAUAUUUUGUUUUGAUUUAUCAAGUAGUAACUCUUUAAAUGAUCAAAUUAAUCUCUAUACAACAUUAAGGGAACGUUUUCCACAAAGGCCAUGGAUAAAUGUAAUUGUUCAAGAGAAUGAAGAAAAUUAUAAAAUUUUAAAAGAUAUGGAAAUUGAAAUAUACAACACUAAAGAUUUUAUAUCAAAAAUAGAGCCAAUGUUUAAUACAUUACAUAAUAUUCUGAAUAUAUAUUAUACAUGGUAG